AUGAAGGACACAACAGGUCCAUCGGUAAUCAGCCCCACCAAUAAACCAGUCAACGGCGAGUUUGCUUAUUGGUCUGACAAUGAAGGGUCGGAGUCCGUUGAGUCGGCUCCCGACUUUUCGGCACCAUCGAAUUCGGACCAACCUCCUACUGAAGUGGUUGUGGGGAAGUCACCUGCCCCAGCUCAGCGGCCCAAUGACCCCUCGGCAACAGUAUUGAUCGACUCUCACUUGUCGAAGACUGAGCCUCCCAACCCUCCUCGACCUGCAGCUCCUCUGUCCGUGAAGAAGCAACUCACUUAUGUUGCCGCCUCACAGAAGAAGGCUGCUAUUCGGACCAAGUACCUCUCUGAAGAAAUGAAAGCCCGUGAAGUGACACAGAUGAAUUUGACUGG